AUGAAUCCAAUGAUGGCUCAGCAAUAUGCACAGAUGAAUACGAUGGUUCAGCAGCAGCAGCAGCGGUUUGCUAACGGUGGCAUCCCUUACGGCGUUUCGGGCAACGGACCAAUACCUCAUGGAGUCCGCAUGAGUAAUGCGAUGCCAGUUUCUAGUAGUUAUACAGACAGUCGAAGCGUCAUGGCGCCCAACAUAGGCUUUCAAAUGGCUCCCCAAGGCUAUAACAUGAUGUCAUCUACGCAGAUGCAGCGCAUGAACUCGGCGACGCAAGGAAUACCUCAGCAGAGUAUGAAUCAACAGGGUAUGCAACAGCAGCCUCAUCAAAGCAUUGCAAUGGCGCAACAGAGCUUGACUAUGCCACAGCAAAGUAUGACGAUGCCGCAGCAAAGUAUGGCAAUGUCACAUCAGAACCUGGCGGCUAGCCAGCAGAGCAUGCUUCAGCACAACUUGCAGAUGCCCCACCAAAGUAUGACAUCGAUUCAAAAUAGUGCACCUUCUAGCUCAGGCAAUAUGUCUGACGUUUCGGGUCAUCCGAACAACUAA